AUGGACCUUGUUACUGCAACUCAUCUUUUAUUCACUGUAACGGUUGGACUUGUUAUUUUCUUCAUCGUUGCAAAACUUGUUUCCUCGGCAACCACCGACAAUAACACAACAACAAAACAUCAUGUUCAGGAACAACCGGUUCUUCAACGGUUGGCGGUUCAGUCACGUCAGAGUAAGAGCCGGGUUCGUUUUGUUAAACCGGUUCAUGUUACAACAACAAAUUUAGAAACCGAACCUACCAUCAGAGACGCUAUUGUCAAUUCCGAUUCCGAAGUUGGUGUUGAGUUGCCACCGACAACGUCGAACGUUGACGAAGAAACUGAUCACGGCGAUAUAGGAGUUGCUAAGGUGGAAACAGAUUCUGAUGUUGUUGAAUAUUUGCAGGAAACCGUAGUGAAAAGUGGCGAUUCUACUGAACGGAGCAUUGAGUGUGUGGAAGAAACCAUCGGAGAUGAUUCCGGUGAGAAGAAGGAGGGAGAGGAAGAGGAAGAGGAAGAUGAUGAGGAUUGGGAAUGGGAAGGGAUUGAGAGGAGUGAGGUGGAAAAGACAUUUAUGUCGGCUACAAACUUUGUUGCUGAGAAAGGGUAUAUUGGUAAAUGUGUUGAUGAUUUGGAGAUGGAGUUAUAUGGACUUGAGAGAGUUGCUAUGGAAGGACCUUGCCGUGAACCUCAACCAAUGCCGCUUAAACUCUCCGCACGUGCUAAAUGGAAUGCUUGGCAAAAGCUGGGGAACAUGAGUCCAGAGGUUGCGAUGGAGCAAUAUAUCAGCCUUCUUUCCGAUAAAUUUCCUGGAUGGAUGAAAAGUACUUCUACUGGAAUGAGUGAAGGUGAACCCUCGGGAUCAGAAGAUUCGGAGUCUGCUGCUCGUGAUUCGAGCUCAGCUUUGUCUCAUCCACAAGCGUUCUUAGCAGAAAGGAAACCUGUUCAAGAAUCUAAGUCUGGUGCCCAGGAGCUUAUCCCAUCUGCAGAGUCCGAUUUCAAGAACAAUGUUAAAAACUGA